AUGUGGGGCAUUUUCUGUGUUUCUGCAAGUUUAAAUUCCAUAGCAGCUGAGUUUGGUCCAGUUUGGCAAGAUGUAGAGUUUGGUCCAGUCUGUUUUUGCGCUCCAUGCCUGCAGGAAUGUCUUAAGCCGAAAAAGCCAGUGUGUGGAGUCUGCCGUAGUACCCUGUCUCCUGGCAGCACAGCUCUGGAUCUGGAAAAACAAAUUGAAAUGACAGAAACUGCUUGCAGUGGCUGCAAUAAAAAAAUGUACCUUUCAAAGUUACGCAGUCAUGCAGCUUCUUGUUCAAAAUACCAGAACUAUAUAAUGGAAGGUGUGAAAGCUGUAACUAAAGAACCACCUUGUAACACCAGGAAUGUUCCAAAUCGCUUUACCUUUCCUUGUCCUUACUGCAGUGAGAGAAACCUUGAUCAGGAAGGACUAGUUGAACAUUGCAAAAAGUACCACAUCAUGGAUGCAAAACAAGUGGUUUGCCCAAUUUGUGCCUCAAUGCCAUGGGGAGAUCCCAACUACAGGAGUGCCAAUUUCAUGGAUCAUCUUCAGAGGCGGCAUCGGUUUUCCUAUGAUACUUUUGUGGAUUAUGAUGCUGAUGAAGAUGAUAUGAUGGCACAGGUUUUGUUACGGUCCUUGAGGGAUAAAUGAACUAAGUAGGAGAAAAACUGUAAUACUAAGCUUCCAUUAGGGGGAGUUCCCAGCAUCCCUCACACUUCUCCUUACACAGUCCAAGAUGAACUCAGGCAUCCAAAAAUAAAUAAGGAAGAUUUUUGAAGAGUCCCAGUCUCCUGGCCUCAGCUCCUGUUCUUACUCUACAUGUCAUUGCUUAACACUAUCAAAACAGGUUUUUUUGGCUGCUCAGCCAUGUGAGGCUAGUAUUCCUGCUCCUUUCAUGCUAAGUUUAGCCAGUUGUCUCCUCUGUAUUUCUGUUGCCUCUUUUCAUUUUCCCCACCCUUGUGUCUGUCUGCUCAUUAUGUCCAUUCUUACUUGAUGAGAACAUAAGUGCUACCAGAGGAACUGCUGUUGAGAGGGAAUGGCCUACACUGGCAAGUGAAGAUUAUUUAAAAAAAAAAAAAAAAAUCUUAUCUUUAUGCUUCCUAAAUGUUGAUCAGAUACGCUGGCAUUUUUGGUCUAUGGAAGCUGUUAGUCUGUUAGAUGCAACUGUCAGAAACUGGUUUGCAUUUGAGACUGCCUGGAAUGUCUGUGAUUACACAUUCUUUAGCGUUUCUAAUGCUGGUAGUUGGUCUUUUAACUAAACCUAGUACAUUGCCUCAAUGAUGAAUCUUUAAAACUUGUAUUUUCAUUGUAGUUCUGUUCAUCUGCAUAAGAAACUUGUUCAUAAUACCUGGUUCAGUACCCGCAUGUUAUGUACCAGCUUAAAUAAUCAUACUUUGGUUAAAACAUUUCUAGUCUAGAAAGUAAAAUUCUGCAUCCAAAAAUUCUUAGUUUAAAAAUCCACAUGAUGUACUUGUCACGUGUAAUAAUUAUCUCAUGUCCUGAACUGACAAUUUAAGAUCUUUUCUAGAACUUAAGCUACUAAGCAUAACAUGCAAGCCUUCACUUGAUAGAGGGAUUCAACACUAGAACAUCUAGGAAUCCGAUUUGUUUUUUAAACUAAAAUGUGGUUAUUAGCUUCCAAGUCUUCUGUCCCUCAAGAUCGUCUGAUAGUAAAAUGGAUUAAUGAUCUUUAGCAUUUCCUAAGCACUAUUUGUGUUUUUACAAAUUCUACAAAAUAUUUUGAACCCCUGAGCUUCAUUUAAAUUAUUCAGCUAUAUUGUGAAAUAUUUAAGUGGAUGAUUCUGUAUUUAGAAUAUAGUGUUCAUAUAAUGUUUAUUAUAGGUAUUGUUUUUGAAAGGAACACCCGAAGAGUAGACAGGAAAGCAGAGACAUAACUCAAAAUGAUAUGCAAAGAUAAUGUACUUUCUACGUGUAUGAAUACGAUAGGCUGGUAUUACCUUCUAGAAAUCACUUUGGGUAUUGAGGCUGAAUAUUUUUAUUCACAAAUUAACAGCAAGGAACUUCAGGUUCGUGAGGUCCUAGCUAAGGCUUCUGUAUCCAGUGGGCCUGCAGACUACAGUGUAGUGUAGCAUACAGAGCUAGCUUGAGUUCUCGAGGCAGGCUAAAACAGCUUGCUAAGAAGCUCUAUUAUCUUCACACUGUGCUGGGCUCUGUAAUUUGACCAGACCUUCAAAUUGCUUUUUAGAACAGUAAAAAGUUCCAGCUUAAAGUGGUUUGUUUGAAGCUUGAGCUUGCCCACACUGGCUGGGCAAAUUAAGUAUAAACCAUUUCAUAUUGGGCUUAGUUUUCUUUUUUUGUUGUUUUUUUUUUUAUGUGCUUUCACUCAUUUGGUAUGGACCAGUUUAGAUCCAUCAGAAGGUGCAAUCUACUUGAGAAUUGUGUGUCAAAUCCUGAAAACUUUUUCAUGCAAUGCUCUGAACAUGUACCAUGUGCUUUUUGGCAUUAUGUUCUCGAAGUGUUUGGGUAGAAGCUGUGGAAUUUGUGAAUUCUGGCUAGAGCCCAAAGUCACCACCUGACUCUAUUCCACAUUUCUUCUAGUAUUCUAAGUGCACUUCCAUGUCAUCUUGACAAUGUUUCUGAGAGCUAAGCAAUUAAAUUGUCUUGUUCUGACUUUUUGAAGACAAGAUAUCAAUAAAUUUCAUAUAAUUUAUAAAACCUUCUCUUCAUGGAAACUUUUGUGAUUUAUCAUGCUCUGCAGUCCUUCCUGUUUUCUCCUUACACAUCUUUCCUGAAGGGAGGCUCUGGCUGGCUCCAUCAUGCAUCACUAAGCCUAAUUGAGGCUACAGCUCAGUCAAUGUUAAAGUAUUUUUGUGUGCAGUCUUGUAGCAUUAGAUCCACUCAAGUAUUAGAACCAAGUGGCUCAAGUGCUAGUGUAGACCAGGCAGCUCACCAUUUGAGAUGAGCAUAAUUCAGACCUAGCUAGAAUGAAAUCUUAAUUAAAUUGUAAAGGGGUUUGGCAUCCACCGCCACACAAAACAAUGCUAUACUGGGUCAAACUAAUGCUCAGUAGCCCUUCUCCAACAGUUGCAGGAGUGGAUGCUUCAGGAGAGCACUAAACUGGCUGUAUCUGGAAUGCUUUAUCCCUGCUCAUUACAUUCCUUGGCAUGUACCAUCAUCAGUUUAGAGAAGCUGGAGGAAACAUCUCCAACUGCUGUUUAAAACCACAUAACUGCUGAUGCUAAAAUGAUGGACCAAAUGCUUAGGGCAGCCCCAGCCCAGCUGAUCAGACUUGACUUUCCCAUGGGCUCCUGUUGGAUUCCCUAUCUUUCAGAAUUUGUGCCUUUUUUUGACUGCCAUGGACAAUGUUCAUACCUAUGCUGCACUGCUUUGAGUCUAGAGGUAGACGGACAGAAGCUUGAACUUUCCCUUUACGAUAAAAAGGGGGAGGGAGAAAAAGAAACCAAAUUCUGAUGUCUAAUUGAGUUUAAUCAUUUAUAUUUAACAGUAGCAAUAUAGAUGGUGGCUCUGAUUAGAUCAUCCCUUAAUUGAAAGGGGAUUAAGUGGUUGAAUAAUUCAUCAGUGUAUUGUUGAGGGUUUGGGUGUGGGUUGCAAAUUUAGCUGUAGGUGAGAAAUAAAUAAAUUGGGAACCACAAUGUUUGAGCUAUCCUUAUGGGGAAAAAAAUUGAGCAGCAUUCCUUCAGUUUGGCUUCUCAGCAUGUAAAGAGGGCAUGCAACUGUGUCUUUGCACCUGUUAACCUGACAACUGUAGGUUAUACAUUCCCUGGUGUGAUACGUAUUCAUACAACUGUUCAAAGAUAGUGACAAAUUGAGCAACGGUAUGAGAGAGUUUGUAAAACUCAAAUUCCAGUUCUUUAUAGAUAUUUUACUGUAGAAAAGUGUUUAACAUGCCCUUGGCUGCUACUUUAGCAGAUGAACAAAGAGAAAGUAGAUAAAAAACAGAUUGUGAUGUUUGUGUCUUAUGACUGCUCAUAAAAAUAUGCAACCCCUUAUGUAUGUACUUAACUGUCAAGUGGGUUGGUUUUCUGUGUAACCUUUGUUCAUCUGGUGGUUUUGUGUUGAGAAAUUUUGGAUUAAAUAUAGCCUCAUUGUUCAACCAU